AUGAAUGUUAAUAGCUUCUUGAAUGAUGCUGCAAACUUGCCAACCAAAGCAGUAGAAAAACUGCGAUUAGAAUUGCAGCAUAGAAAAGAAUUCGAAAUUAGCUUUGCUAUAGAAUUUAAUUUGCAACAAAAGGUUGUUGAAAACAUGGCUGAAGCUGCCUAUAAUUUCAGCAAUACUGUUUUGGGGCCCAAAAAGAUUAAAAAAAAUCUUUUUAAUCUUUACACUAAGGAGAUGAAUAACAAGAGAAAACUUGACAAUAAUACAAUUAACUGCAUUGAUUACAAGGUAAACUACAUACACAAGGAAAUCAUUGACUUGUACAACUCAAUGGGUCCUUUAGAAAAAAGCAGAUAUUACAAGAUGACAAAAGAAGAUUCCGCUACUCUUCACCAGGAAUCUUCUGUCUCUGAUGUCAAACGUGGUGCAAAAUCCAUAUUGACCAUCAUAGACACAAUGAAACUAUUAAUGAACUAUGAUAGUCUGUUUCUGUUCUGGGAGUCAGGCACCAGCUUCAGUCGAAAGAUUGGCCGCCUCUUGUCAGGAGAUACAUCUUCUAUAUUUUUUAAGUGUAUUGAGGAAGAUGGCACUCUGAAGAGUUUCUUGGAAGCAAUGGGAAACGUCGAAAGAUGCCCAAAAGAAACCGGGGAAACAAGAAAAUCUUUCCCUUGGAAAGCAAUCAAAAACAAAAAAGGCACCAUCAGAGCCAUUGGAUGGCCAGAAAAGGUGCCUUUUGUGCCACUCAGUCUUAUGAAAGAUAUUGAGAAAGAAAUGCUUUCCAGUGUUAUACAAUAG